CUGUGGGACCCACGUGGAUCCUGUGGGGUGGGGCCGUGGGAACCCGGGACACAGACAGAGCCCUAGAGAGACCCCGGCCGGAGGCCCCCCAGCUCCAUGGCCGUCCCCGGCCCGCGCUCGCUGCUGUACGAGGGGAUGAUGCUCCCGGCCCUGGCGCACAGCCCGGAGAGCCUGAGGUACGCUCAGCUCGGCUUCCAGGUGCGAGACAGAGACAUCUUCAGUGUCACAUACCCCAAAUCGGGCACCACCUGGAUGCAGGAGCUGCUGACCCUCAUCCACAGCGACGGAGACCCCCAGCUGGCGCGGUCGGUGCCCUCCUGGGAGCGGGUGCCCUGGGUUGAGCAGACCACGGGAGCUGGGUUCCUGGAGAACCGGCCCUGUCCGCGGCUCAUCUCAUCCCAUCUGCCCUGCGGCCUCUUUCCGACCUCCCUCCACGGCUCCAACGCCAAGGUGAUCUAUACUGUGAGGAACCCCAAGGACGUCUGUGUCUCUCUCUAUUAUUGCUCUAAAAUGGCCUCGUUCCUGGAGUUCCCGGAAGAUUUUGGGGAAUUUGUGGAGCUCUUCAGCGCAGGCAAAGGGCUGUUCGGCUCCUGGUUCCAGCACGUCAAGGGCUGGCUGGGCCUUAGGGACCGGCUCAACUUCCUCCUCCUGACCUAUGAGGAAAUGCAUCAGGACCUGCGGGGCAGCGUGGAGCGGAUCUGCCAGUUCCUGGGCAAGCCCCUGGCGGCGCGGGCGCUGGACGGGGUGGUGGAGAACGCCUCCUUCCAGGCCAUGAAGCAGAACAAGAUGUGCAACUACAGCCUGGUGCCGGAGAACAUCAUGGACCAACGGAUCAGCCCCUUCCUGAGGAAAGGGGUCCCGGGCGACUGGAAGGGGCAUUUCACGGUGGCACAGAGCCAGGCAUUUGACCAGCUCUACCAGGAGCAAAUGCAGGACGUGGACGUCCGAUUCCCAUGGGAAGAGGCCUGAGGGGUCACCGCCCCCCUCCUCCGGACAGCUACAGUCUGUGGGGACCCCUAGAUCCAUGUGUGUGGGCACUUGAAGAGUGCAUCUCCCACCCCCACCCUGCUCUAACCACUAGACCCCAUCCCCUCUCCCAGAGCCGGGGAUAGAACCCAGGAGUCCUGGAUUCUGUUCCUGGCCUCUGUCACUCUACAGCCAUUUGGGCUUAUCAGCGUCCGUGCCUCAGUUUCCCUCUCUGUGGGACGGGGCUGAACCCCCCUCCCCUGGAUUAACCCCAUAUUGCCUGCAGAGCCAUGGCGUGUCACUAACAAACAACCUCAGCAACAGAGGGGUGCGGCCACCGUGCCGGGAACCGGCCACCAGGGGGAGAAGCGGCUCCAGAAAUGGAGGGGGCGGGACAAGCCUUCCCUGAUACUGAGCCCUGCUUAGGGGACUGGAGUGUGUGGGGGGGGGGGGGGGGGGGGCUGCCUCUGAGGCCCCUUGUGGGUAUUGUGCCCCAUACAGAGGGUUUGUGCCAGGACUUGCCAGCAGCUCUCCUCCCCCAGCCCCAUGGCGCCCCCCCAGGUACCCACAGAGCAUCCCACUCAGCCCCCUCCCCCCCCCCCGAUUCCUGCCUCCCACAUCCGGGAUCAGAGCCCUGCCCCCCUCCCGAACUGCCUGAGCCCCCAGCACCUGCCCACACCCCUCCCCCUCCCAGUGCUGUAAGGGGUUGGGGGGUUAGCUGGGGCUUGGGGUGACUAACCCAACGUCCUUCCAUCUCCAGCAGGGGCUGCAGCCUGGAGUCCCCUUCCCCCAUCCCUGCCCCUGGAUCAGCCCCCAGGGCCCAUCUACCCAGUAUCCCACCUCCUGCCUACCCUGCGGAUCAGCCACCCAGGCCCAUCUACCCCGGUAUCCCACCUCCUGCCCUCCCCCCAGAUCAGGCCCAGGGGCCCAUCUACCCCGGCAUCCCGUCCCUUCCUGCCUGCCUCCCGGAUCAGCCCCUGGGGCCCAUCUACCCCAGUAUCCCCCCUCCUGCCUACCCUGUGGAUCAGCCCCCCCAGCCCAUCUACCCCAGUAUCCCACCCCCUCCCUGUCCCCCAGCUCAGCCCCCACAGCCCAUCUAUCCCGAUACCCCACUGUCACCCUUUCAGGGUUCUCCGGGGGUACAGGGUGAAUCAGCAGCACCAGGCCACCUUGUCUGUCCUCACCAGGGAAAACGGGCAAACAUUCUGGCUGGUGGCUAUGCGAGCGCCCCACUCUGGGCCCCACCAGCCUGUCCCAGCCUGGGGCGUUGGGGUUUGCCUAUGCUGGCCCUUAGGGUCCUGGAGCGGGUCCUUGGGGCAGAGCUAAUUUGAGGCUAAAUCUAUGGAGAUAAUUACCCACCCCCCAACCGCCCUGAGGUCUGCUCUGUCCCUGGGGCACCACCCCCUCCAGCCUGUCUGUGCCCAGCCCCUCAACUGCUGGGGACCCGCUUUGCACUCGGAUCGGCUGCCUCCGUGGGAGCCUCCCCUGCCCCCCUUAACCGCUGUCCCCUCAGUCCAGCCCUCUGCUAAGCACCCGGCCCGAGGUCAUGUCUGCAGCAAAACCUAGAAUCAAACAGGAGCAAGUUUAAGGUUUGGAAACAGAUACAAGAAGAAUAUCAACCAUGGGGUAGGGUCUGCGCUUAUUCCUAGUUAAACUGGCUAGAACCCAUAGAUAUUACCAGUUAAUAACCAGUCGGGAACCUGUAGUAAUUAUCAGUUAAUAAACUGGCUAGAGUCAUAAACACAGUCUAGAGCCUGAAUUUAUUCCCAGUUU